UUGCUGCUGCUCCAGGCUCCGCUGAAGCAGGGCCCUUCUGCCUCCUGGAACAGGAGGCGGCAGCGGAGGAAGAGGAGCGUGGCUGCAACAUGGAGGCGGACGUGGACCUCUGGGGACCUGCCUGGGGGAAAGAGGCUGCCGCUGCUGGUCUUCCCAUCCAAGACAAGCCCGGCAAGGAUGCUGCCAACAUCGCAGGCCGGGCGGGCGCAGAAGGGGCAGCCGCUCCUCCGCCACAGGGCCCCGCAGAGCCCGCCGGGGCCUGGCAGGGCCUGUGCAGCUGGCCGUGCUGGCGCCAGCGGGCCUUGGAGCAUCUGGAGCAGGCAGCCGAGAGCCCCGCGCGGAUCGCUCAGGUGGCGUUUGAGGACGUGGCGGUCUACUUCUCGCCAGAGGAGUGGGCAGAGCUGACGCUGUGGCAGAGGGACCUGUACUGGGCCGUGAUGAAGGCCAGCCACGAGCUGGUUGCCUCGCUGGGCUCUGGGACUCGCCUGCAACCGGAGGCUCAGGCCGGGCCAGGAGGGCAGCCGGGUGGCCGAGCCCAGCCAGGGCGAGCGGGGCCGGAUGCUUGCGGCCCCCCGGCUGCAGAGGCUGCGCCCUGUGUCGAGCGAGAGGAGAGGCCGCGGGCCCCGCCGGAGGAGCUGCGAGACGCGCCUGCCCGCGGCCGCCGGGACUGUGGCCGUGGCUCCCCCGAGCGGGACUCUCUGCCCCCCCACGAGCCGUGCGCCCACCCCGGCCAGCGAGCCCUGCCGAGCCCGCAGGGCGGGGAGGUCUUCGGCGGCCCCAGCGCUCUCGCGGCCCACCGGAGUGGCCGCCCCCCGCCCCCGGGCUUCACCUGCAUGGACUGCCAGAGCCAUUUCGUCUACGCGGAGCCGGAGGCGAGCCGGAUUCAUGCGCAGCUGGCCCUGGGGAAGCUCUUCCGGUGCCUCGGCUGCAGCUGCAGGGUGGCCCUGCUGGUGGGCCAGGAGCCGGGUAUGCUGCAGGCGUCCCUCCCCUUCGGGCCGCUGGACGCCCUGUACUACAGCCACCAGGAGGCCCUGGAGCAGGUGCGGCAGCGGGCCGCUCACUGGACCACCCGGGAGACCGAGGCCUUCGUGGAGCUGUGGGGGGACGACCGGGUCCAGACGGCUCUUUACGACAACUACCGGAACGAGGCGCAGUACAGGCGCCUGUCAGACAAGAUGGGGAAGAUGGGCUUCCAUCGCAACCUGGAGCAGUGCCGGCAGCGAGCCAAAGACCUGCGGCGCGGGUUCAAGGAGAUCAACGGUGGCGACCUGCUCUCCAACCGGGCGCGCCAGGCCAUGCCGUUCUUCUCCCUCUUGGACCGCUUCCUGCUGAUGAGGCGGGGGCUGGUCGUGCCCAGGGUGUGCGCCGGCCGGGCCAGGCAGAGGGGCUGGAAGGAGGAGCCCCCCGGCCAGCCCCCGCUGGCACUCGUGCUUCCCCCAACGGGCCCCGACUUGCGCCAGCAGCCUUUCCCGGGCCAGGAGCCCCGUGUCCGCGUGGCGGGACUCCCCAGCUGCCGCAGUCGGAGAAGCCAGCGAAGCGGCAGCAGCCAGGGCCCGGCCCUUCCUGGCUACCGGCUCCCCUCGUCUGCCCAGGCCGCGGGGGGUCCGUGCUUCCUCCUGGAGGGGCCGGAUGAAAGUCCCCACCACAGCCCCCACCCCCUGGAGCUCGCCGACCUCGCGCUGCCAGGGCAGGACCGAGAGGCCUCCCCGGCCGAGGAACCCGGCGGGGCACCCGGGCACGGCAAGCACCGGGACGUGGCGCUGGCCCCUGUGAACGGGCGCUUGGUUGCGGGCAACUUCUGGACGGAAAUCCCCAGCCCCGUCCCUGCACAGCGGCCCGCCGGCACGGCAGCGCAGGGGAGCGCGCAGACAUGGCGCCCGGGAAAGGCCCCGAGCUCCUCUGCGAGGCGAAUGCGAGACCUCCGGCUGCGCCGCAGGAGGCAGCGCGCGGCCGUGGCACGCGUGCUGCUGGGGACCAGCUACCGCCCCAGCGACCGGACGGUGUGGAGCAAGACGCAGGAGACGGACUGGUGGGACAACCUGGCGGCCGGCCAGCGCGACGACGCGGAGUGGGUGCGCUGCUUCCGCAUGUCCCGGGCGGCCGUGCUGGACCUGGCCGAGCGGCUGCGGCCGGUGCUGCGGCGCGAGGACACGAACAUGCGUGCCGCCAUCCCGGUGGAGAAGCGGGUCGCCCUCACGCUGUGGAAGCUGGCCUCCGCGGACAGCUACCGCUCCGUGGCCCGCCGGUUCGGCGUGGGCGUGUCCACCGCCUCCGUCAUCGUCAUGGAGGUGUGCGAGGCCAUCCGCGCCGUGCUGCUGCGGCACGUCGUCCGGCUCGGAGACGCGCAGGCCGUCAUGGAGGGCUUCGCCCGGGCGGGCUUCCCGAACUGCAUCGGGGCGGCGGACGAGACCCACAUCCCCAUCCUGUGCUCGCCCCACGGCGCUUCCGCCUACGUCAGCGGGAAGGGGCUGGUCUCCAUGGUGCUGCAGGCGCUGGUGGACAGCGCCGGCCGGUUCACGGACGUCUACGCGGGCUGGUCCGGCGGGAUGCGGGCCGCCGGGCUGCCCUGGGGCUCGCCCCUCUUCGAGCAGAUGGAGAGAGGGGCCUUCGGGCCCCAGACCACCACCGAGAUCGGCGGGGUCCCCAUGGGCCCCGUCCUGCUGGGCGGCCCCGCCUGCCCGCUGCGGCCGUGGCUGAUGACGCCGUUCCCGGCGGCCCGCACCCGGCGCCAGGAGCGCUUCAACGCGCGGCUGCGCAGGUGCCACGCGCCCGCGGCCCACGCCUUCGGGAGGCUGAAGGGCCGCUGGCGGUGCCUCCUCAAGCGCCUGGACGUGGCGGAGCGGAACGUCCCGCUGGUGGUCGUGGCGUGCUGCGUCCUGCACAACCUCUGCGAGCGCCGGGGCGAGGCCAUGCAGGGCGGCUGGGAGGAGGGCCUGGAGCGGGCCGCCCCGGGGGGCCCCGCGGGCGGCUGCCCCGGCCCGGAGGAGGCGGGGGCGGCACACGCCGUCCGGGAGGCCUACUGCACUUUCUUUGAGGAGAGGCCGGAGGAGGAGGAGGAGCAGCAGUGA